GUCGCCGGUCCCAACGUCCCACCCCGCCCCGCCUCUUCUUCAACUCUACGCACCGGCCAGUGUAGCUUGCUCGCCCCAUUCCAAUUCUCGCUAUAAAUACACUACUCGCCCGACCUAGCCACAGGAGAGGUCCCAUUCCUUCCUGUUUAGCUACUCCGGCGAUCCAGCAGCCCCACUGACCGGCCCCAGCCUUGCUUCUCUUCCCUUCUUCUUCGCGACCUCAUUCUGUUUGCCCCUGAACCGGUGCCGUGUGUGCAACCAAAUGGAGAAGCCGGCGAGGAGGCGACAGGUGCCGGCGUUCGGGGAGUGGAACUACUACUACCACUACGACGAGCCGGAGGUCGCCGCGCCCGCCGCCGCGGCGUACUGCUACGGCGCCGUGCCCGAGCCGGAGGCCUGCAGCGACGUGUGGUUCAGGUACUCGCCGCCCCCGCGCAAGCCCGCGCCCGCCAAGAAGACCAGGAGGAGGGUGCCGGAGGGCGACAGUGAUGCCUCGCUGGAGAAGAGGGGGAGAGGGAGCGCGAGGCCGGCGUCGGAGGCCAACGGAGCGCGCGCAACAAGGGUGGUGCGGCCGGUCGACGAGGACCUGUACCAGGUGCCGCCGCCGGAGCUCGCCUCCUCCCACAGGCGCCGCCCCAGGAGGAGCCUGUGGAUGGGAUGCUUGGGAUGCGUCGCCUGAACCUCAAGUGCUGAACCUGUCCUGUGUGGCUGUGUAGACAGGAUAAUGCGAGCUUGUUCGUCAGUGGUGGUAGAUUGCGUAUUUGCGUUACUUAAUUUUUUCCCCUUUCUGUUGUUGGAUACUUGUAUGAUGAGUAGUAGUAGUUUUUGGUACUAGGUUACACUAGCUAUUAACAUUUCGAGGUUUUACUCUUUUUGUAUGAUGAUCGGUGUAAGAUAUUACUAGAUGCAACAUCUUGGUCUAGCAUGUACACUAAGCAGAAUUCGUCAGCCUGAAAUCCUUUGCAAUUCAUACAAAGAAUUCAUUUGCACUA